AUGGCUUCCUCGGUUCUUCCUGUUGCUUUGCAGAACAAACUGCUUGGCUACAGCAGGGCUCCCAAUGCGCAAUUGGCGGCCUUGAACUUCGACCUACUUCGGAAUAUCAUCUUUAUCCUUUUUCUAUUCCGUUAUGUUCGCAAGACCUAUUACUCUCUCCGCGGCUAUGGCAUCAUUGGCAGCAUCCGUAAUGUCUACGCUUCAAUCCGGCUGUUCUUCUAUUCCGUAUUUCUGCGUACCCCCGGAGUACGUGGCCAGGUCGACAAGCAGGUUUCAACAGCGAUCGAGAAUCUCGAGAACAAACUAGUGGCCAGUGGCCCCGGUGUCACUAGGUAUCUGACUCUGCCCAAGACAGGGUGGACGCCCGAGCAGAUUCGCGCCGAACUCGAUAAACUGGCGAACAUGGAGCAUACCCGCUGGGAAGACGGACGCGUCAGUGGAGCCGUCUACCAUGGUGGCCAGGACCUGUUGAAGCUUCAAACGGAGGCCUUUGGGCAGUUUGGCGUCGCAAACCCCAUCCACCCAGAUGUUUUCCCUGGCGUUCGCAAGAUGGAGGCUGAAGUGGUUGCCAUGGUUCUCGCCUUGUUUAAUUCUCCUUCGGAUGGCGCCGGUGUCACUACCAGCGGAGGUACCGAAAGUAUUCUUAUGGCCUGCUUGGCGGCUAGACAGAAGGCAUUCACAGAACGAGGUGUGAAGGAACCUGAAAUUAUUAUUCCGGAUACGGCCCAUGCUGCAUUCUACAAGGCUUGCAAUUACUUUGGAAUGAAGCUUCACCGCGUUCCCUGCCCAGCUCCGGAGUACAAGGUUGAUAUUGCUGCUGUGCGGCGCCUAAUCAAUCCCAAUACUGUUCUUCUGGUUGGCUCCGCGCCCAAUUUCCCUCAUGGAAUUGUCGAUGACAUCCCUGCUCUAUCCCGACUUGCGACUAAAUACAAGAUUCCUCUUCACGUCGACUGUUGUCUGGGCUCCUUCGUCAUUGCAUUCCUUAAGAAGGCCGGCUUUCCCUCCCCUUAUGAGGAAGAAGGAGGGUUCGAUUUCCGCCUUCCGGGCGUAACUAGUAUUAGUGUGGACACACACAAGUAUGGUUUCGCACCCAAAGGCAAUUCCGUGCUCCUUUACCGCAACAAGACAUACCGCAGCUACCAGUACUUCAUUUACCCUGAUUGGUCCGGUGGUGUGUAUGCGUCUCCCUCCGUGGCAGGAUCUCGGCCAGGUGCUCUGAUCGCAGGCUGCUGGACCAGUCUGAUGAGCGUUGGUGAGACUGGCUACAUCAACAGCUGCCUUGAAAUCAUGGGCGCGGCGAAGAAGUUAGAAGCAUCAAUCAAAGAACAUCCAGUUCUGUCCAAGAAUCUCGGUAUUGUCGGGAAGCCCAUGGUCAGCGUGGUCGCGUUCCAGAGUCAAAACGGUGCCAUUGAUAUCUACGACGUCGCUGAUGGUCUGUCAGCCAAAGGCUGGCACCUAAAUGCUCUCCAGUCUCCCCCAGCGAUCCACGUGGCAUUCACAAUUCCGACAGCGGCCGCAGUCGAAAAGUUGACCACCGACUUGGUCGAGACGGUGGAGAAAGAGCUAGAGAAGGCCGAGGAGAGGAAGCGGCAGGGCAAGUCGUAUGUGCUCAAGCGUGGCGACACAUCCGCACUGUAUGGUGUUGCUGGCAGCAUUCCCGAUAAGAGCAUUGUCAGCCGUCUCGCUGAAGGCUUCCUGGACACCCUGUAUAAAGCCUAA